GUGCUGCGCCUGUCUUGCCAAUCGUUACAUCUAUAUAGGUAUACGCUGGAUAGCUGCUUGUGCGUCUACGUUAUUUGAUGCCUUUUGUCCAAACUCCGAUUUUGCACUCCGCACCUCGUGCGUACUUACCAUUAGUGCUGAUAGCAUUUUUAGGUGGUGCAGCAAAAGCUCGGACAGCGCUGGCUAAGCGCGCCACGUACAGCCGUGUAUUAUACAGUACGUAGCAGAAAAAAUCAAGCAGUUUUACUUAUGGUAGAUUAGGCCAGCCGCGCGUGAACCAUCGAAUUUUGGAAGGGGCAGCGGCGGAGUGACAGCGGCGUUGUUUAUUAUAAACACAAUCAUAAUACUGCGUGUGGCGAGCGCGGCACAGUCGCGAGCUACAGAAAGAGAGAAAGAGAAAGAGAGAGAGAGCGGUUAGUCGAAAGAACAACUUUGUCUUCUCGGAGAGAUAUAUAGCUGCACGGGGAAGCAGCAGCAGCAACAGCAGCAGCAAAAACUGCUGCGCUGCGCGCAAAAGGGAUAUUAUCUUUUCGCAGAUCGGCGUAGCUGCUCUCACACACACUCACGCACACUUACGAGAGAACGCAUUACAGGACGUUCAACAGGGUAUAAACAGCGGUCAGCUGCGAGUGCGAUCAGUGAGAGGAGCCAUCCCGUUUUUAUUUAUUUUUUUUUGAUACGUGGCAGCGCCAGCCCCGUUCGGCAGAAUUUCGACUGAAAGAAGGACCAGCUCAGCCCACGGAACCAUGACCGAAGUGGACGACGAGAAGGUUUUUCCACUUCGUAUACACAUACCACGGGCAAACAUCGUCAAGUCCGAGCGACCCAACACAGCCACGCUCAUACUCUUUCAUGGUUCCGGUGGAAAUGGAGAAGAUUUUAAGCAAUGGCUGGACAUCCUUAACAGAAAAGAACUCAGAUUUCCUCACAUUAAAAUUAUAUACCCAACUGCUCCAAUUCAGACUUACACCGCAAAUGGAGGAUUGCCAAGCAAUAUCUGGUUCGAUCGUAGGAAUGUAUCAAUUGAUGCACCAGAGUUAAAGCACUCUAUUGACAUAAUGUGCAAUAAAGCUUCUGAACUAAUUCAUAGAGAAAUUGCUGGUGGAAUUCCUCCAUCCAGGAUUAUCAUUGGAGGCUUUUCAAUGGGUGGGUGUUUGGCUCUACACUUAGCCUACAGGUUCAAAAGAGGUUUAGGUGGUUGCGUUGCCAUAUCUUCAUUUUUGAGUGAAAAGUCAUUGGUUUAUGAGUCUCUCAAAUUUGACAGUUCCACAAAGUAUCCAGAACUACUAAUGCUACACGGAAUAGAAGAUAAUGUCGUACCUUUACAGUGGGGUGAAAGUACUUUUAACAAACUCCAAACAUUGGGUGUCAAAGGAAGAAUGUUAGCUAUUAAUUCAGCAAGUCAUGAUAUAGAUGAAACAAAUUUAAAAUAUUUUAAAAGCUGGGUUAAAGAUAAAUUAAGAUAAAUAAGGUAUCUAUUUAUAGUCUUCUAUAAUAAUGUAAAAUUUUUUUACAUUUUAACUUGUAAAUCUGUAAAAUUUCAUAGGUAUUUUUGAAAUAAGACAAUUUGACUACCAUUUACAAUAUCAUUGUGACUUCAAUUUUGAAUUAACAGUCAGUAAAUUGUUUUUUUUUUUUCUUUAAUAAAAUUCAAAUGAAUCAAAGCGUUCCGUAAGACAGCGAAAAAGCUUUUUUUCAAUAUUGUGUACAUAUUACUAAUCAUUAUACAAAACGCACGAAAACGAAUCAUUAUACUUUUUAAUAAAGAGUAUAUUUUAUCAGUGUUCUUUUAAA